AUGAGCAGAAGAAGCAAUGGAAGUGUUCCAAAGCUCGAAUUGAAGCUGAAUCUGUCACCACCACAGUCACAUUCACUGAUGUCAUCACCAAGCCGAUCGGCGACAGUGUCACCCACAUCGCCACCAAGCUCUUGCGUGUCGUUGGAGCUAAACCAAGACGAUGGUACCGCACUAAGAUACUCCAGCAGUCCGGAAGCCACCUCAAUGGUGCUGGUGGGGUGCCCUCGCUGUCUUAUGUACGUAAUGCUGUCGGAGAAUGACCCCAAAUGCCCGAAGUGCAAAAGCUCUGUUUUGCUGGAUUUUCUCCAUGAUGGCGGCGCCACCGCACCUCCGCCAUCCACGGCCGUCGCCCGGAAGAUCUAG